AUGAUAUUCGCGCCUUUGGCUAUCCUCGCCGCCGUUCUCGGCGCGUGCCGAGCGAGGGGAGUCAACCGCACCAUUGACGACUAUUAUGGCGACUCGGUCACCGGCGUCGUCCCGAUGUACUACACACCACCAGCUAACUGGACGGACGGAAAUACAUGUGCCAACGGCUGUCAUGUGAACAGGAAUAAUGUCGACACAAGCAAGGCGUUCAACCGCACCUGGCACGACUCGACGUGGUAUCCUGGCCACAGGGAGACUGGCGACCAGUCGAUCGCGAUCACAUUCAACGGGACGGCGGUAUGGGUGUACUUAUAUGAUACUGGCAAACCAACUUGA